AGAGCUGAGAAAGGCAGUGAACAGAAAUUAAAUUCUUCCCCGUCAAAGCUAAUAUCAAGUGAAUUACAUAAUAGGCGGCUUGUCGUUUUGAAUAGUUGUCUGGUUCUUAUUUCGUCGUUUAUGUUUGUAAAACUACGAAGUCGGUGUUGUGGAAAGUGACAGUCCAAAAGUCUGGUCGUUUAGGGAUUUUUUUGUUUGUUAGGACAGUAACGUGCUAUUAGAGUUUAGUUCGCAUGAAUCUGUGUACGCUUUUUAAUGCUGUUAUUUUCACGCUUUUUACACACGCUUGAGUUUGAUGCCGAGGGUUAUUUUUCAUCGAACAACUAGCUGUCUUUGUUAAUGCACAUGGCACCAAAUCAUAUUCUUGUUUAAUCCGUGGAUGUGCCCUCCUCAAAAUAAGCGUCUUGGCUGUGUUCCGACGGCAGUCACUGUAGGUGUGAUUUGAAGUGGCCGCACAAGCCUGCUGUAAUACCUGCGCUGCGUGGAGUUGCACUUGCGUUAACUCGUUUGCUCCAAACGCGUGAAAGCUUGGCACUUGAGCAAACGGUGAUAAACGUUACUUUUUGGAAUUUCGGGGAGAAGAGAUCACUUGCUUCAGAAUGGAGGUUGAUUUCAUUUAAAGAUGGUCUUGUGCCUGAUGUGGGAUUUGGAAUUUGGCUUCGGCGGCACUGAGGGUUUGGGCUUUCUGGGGCAGUUUCCCUUUCGCCCGGAUUGACGACGUUUCCUUUCAUUUCCCGAGUGUGAAUCCGCUUCGCUUACUGCCUUGGAAUCCCAACUCUCUUGUCCUUGGGCUUGUAUAACGGAGUCUUUAUUGUUUUUGCCUACAAGCCAAGGGAUCGCAUCAAGACACAAGGCUUGCUUAUGCUUUAGACCUCUCUUUUUUUUUUUAGAUCUGUUCCUCUUGUUCUGUGCUUUCUCACUGGACUUGGAAGCCUUGAGUGUGUGGAUAUACUUUUUAUUUAAAAAGGCCCACCCCAAGAAGAAAAAUGUCCAGGCAAAACGCCCUGACUAUAGCUGUGGCCACCAUGGUGAGCGCUGCCUUGGGGGGCUUGGUGAUCUGGAAGGUGGUGAGGACCCGCAGAAGAAGAUCAAGCCCCCAACAGCUAGACCAGGGGCAGCCGGAGCUGAGCGAGCAGGAUAGCUUGGUGGAACCCCAGGCCUCCGAAUUGCCCCUCUUGCCCCUGCCCGAGCAGGUGCUGGGGGUGGAGCCGACACUGGUGACCUCGUGCGAGGAGUGGGAGAUGGUCUGGCCAGCUGUGCAGAGAGACCUGUCGGUCUACCCCGUGCUGGGCCUCGACUGCGAAUGGGUAACCGAGCAGCAUCAGCAGCAGGGCGAAAUGAAGCCAGAGGCCGACGUGUCGGUGAAGGGGAAAGCGGCCCCAGUCUCCUUGCUACAAAUGGCCACUUACAGUGGCCUCUGCGUUCUCAUCAGGCUCCCCAAGUUCCGCAGCAGCACCCCACCUGUUCCCCGCACACUACUGGACGUCUUGCAGGACCCGACCACCUUGAAAGUUGGUGUGGGCUGCUACGAAGACGCAGGGAAGCUGGCAAGGGAUUAUGGGGUGGCGGUGAACUGCACGGUGGAUCUGCGCUACCUGGCCAUGAGGCAAAGACAGGUUACAGUCUAUAAUGGCUUGAGCCUGAAGUCUUUAGCUCAAGAUAUUCUGAAUUUCUCUCUGGAUAAGUCCCUGAAGCUGAGAUGUAGCGACUGGGAAGCUGAGCAACUCUCCCAGGAGCAGGUGACAUAUGCUGGCAGGGAUGCCCAGGUAUCAGUUGCUUUGUUCUUCCACCUGCUGGGGCUAAAUUCCCCAGAGACACAAAACGGCACAAUGCCAGAGAGAAGCUUCAAGCAGCUGGUGUCCAGGUGCCAGGGCCUGGUGGACGUGCCGUUCCGAGGGAGAGGCGGCGAGGGAGAUGAGAAGGGCCCAGAGGGCCCUGGGGAGCGCAGGCGCAGGAGCAAGAGGGCUACGCUGGACAGUCAGAGCUCCGGCGACCAGCAGGUGCCGGACCCCCGCAAGAACAGACGCAAGCCGCUGGGGGUGGGCUACUCCGCCAGGAAAUCUCCACUAUAUGAUAACUGUUUCCUUCACGCUCCGGAUGGACAACCCCUCUGUACCUGUGACAAAAAGAAGGCCAAGUGGUACCUCGACAAGGGGAUUGGAGAGCUAAUGAGUGAGGAGCCAUUCAUUGUGAGACUGAAGUUUGAGCCCUCGGGACGCCCUGAAUCGCAGCAGGACUAUUACCUCACUGCAAAAGAAAAUCUGUGUGUGGUUUGUGGAAAGACAGAUUCCUACAUCAGGAAAAAUGUAGUCCCGCACGAAUACCGCCGGCACUUCCCCACGGAGAUGAAGGACCACAACUCACACGAUGUCCUGCUGCUGUGCACUGCCUGCCACGCGGCCUCCAACUACCAUGACAACCAGCUGAAGCAGAAGCUGGCGGAGGAUUACGGCGCCCCCCUGGGCUGUGAGGAGGGCGUGCGGCUGCUGGAGGACUCGGACCGCCGGCACGUCCGCUCGGCGGCACGAGCGCUGCUCAACGCUGCCGACAGCCUGCCCCACAGCCGGCAGGAGGAGCUGCUGGCGGUCAUCAAGGCCUUCUUCAACACGACGGAGGUGACGCCUGACAUGCUGAAGCAGGCCGCCAGCCUGGAAACUAGGAUCUUCAAUGAGAGCUAUAUCCCACAUGGCCUGAAGGUGGUCCAAGCCUAUGCCCACAGAGGGCUCCGAGGGCUGAUGGAGCUGGAGAAAUGCUGGCGGCAGCACUUCCUCUCUUCUAUGCAGCCACGCUACCUCCCUCCUCUGUGGUCCGUUGAGCAUAACCACACCAAGCUGUUGCGCAAGUAUGGAGAGAACCUUGUAAUCCAGCUCAGCUGACGAACCUCAACACUGAACUCCAUUGUGAAGCUUAAAACCCAGUUUGCAGUAUUGGACCUGCCGUGGAGGGUGGUCCUGGGGGUUUGUGACAGGACUGGAUGAGAUUGCUUAGCCUUCUUGGGGCUUGUAUUGACCCUGGGGUGGAUCUGGGUUCUCAUUGCAACCACUUUUCACUGGUCUCUUCCCUCUCGAAAGGUACAGGAGCAGUAAACCCUGAUUUUGAUGUGCCAUUGUAGAAUAGUCAUAAGAUCCAUAAACUGAAGUUAAGAUUUAAGACUUCGCAAAGCUGAACAACACCAUUUUGUGAAUGCAGGUCACUUUUUAUGUCAAUGACUAGACAAAUUCAGUUUUCUUAAUUUUGGCACUUUGCUGGUCCUUUCUUUUUAAAUAUUUAAAUGCAGGAUAAAUUCAGUAGCUAAAGAAAAACCCUGAAUUUUAGGAUUUGUAUUCCUUGACGCUCAAACCUGCACUUAAUCUUUUUUAAAUUUUACAUGCAUAAAUGAGUAAUGCAAAUUCCUGUGGGUUUGUAGCCAUCAGAGUACAGGUGCAGGUGUUAUUUUAGCACCAGUUCUAGCUAGAAUAAGGUGGUAUCGCAUGGUCUCCUCAUACCAGAAUUCUAAGACCUUACGAUGUCUAGAGCUGUAACGGUCAAUAGUUCAGCUUUAGUUGUUUCUUUCAGCUUUUUCUAUUUUGUGGCACUUCUAGUGAAUUGCCCCACAUCUCAGUCCCCUCUUUGCUGCUGAAUGCAAUAGUUCUGCAACUUUUUCCCUCAAGAACCUGAAAUCUUCUUUCCAUUUGAUAUCUGUAUAUUCUGAAAAGGUAGCCAUGUUAAGCACUCUGUUAGUUGAAUAGAAGGUUGGAUGUUGCCCAGUGAAAGCUCUGGUAGUUGCUAUAGACUGCUGUCGAUUCCAAAGAUUUGAAAAGGUUACUGCAAAACAGCCUAUGAACAUCUAAGCUAGUUUGACCUUGAAAUGAGAAUUCACAGUUGUCUCUAGCAUCUACCGGAACUGCUUUUACGAAAACAGGACUUGCAGCUGUCAGUUUGUAAACUCUGAAAAGAUUUUAAAGCUCACAGCUGCCAAUAGCUUAUUUUUUAAAACUAGACCCAUAAAGCAGUGCCAACUUUCUUUUAUGUUUUUGUAACUUGAGUGACUUGAUCUCCAUUAUAAACUGCCUUAUGACACUAUGUAACCUGAAAGACUACACAAGCUGCUACGAUGACUAAACAUCCCUAACCUUUUACUAAGAAACUUGUUGCUUUUCACUUUCUUUAUCAAGAUGUAAUGGAAAGCUGCAGGGUUUCCUUAAACAACCUUAAAUCCAUUAUAAAUAAAAUAUUAAAGGUAUAUAUUUUUUUUUAUUGUGUGCAGCUGCUUUUCUUUAGUUAUUGCAAGUGUUUGGUCAGAUACUUGCCUGCAUCACGACUUCUUUCCAGCCGUGGGCUACAGCUUGGUCAUUGAUAAGUGUGCCAUAGCUUUCUUUUAAUUGGGCCUUCAUAGCUUGACAGAAGUUUCUGUGGUCCGGAUUAAUUUUCUAUCUGGGUCUGUCCUUAACCAUGGCAGCCUAGUAAAGCCUCUGCAAUGAUUAUGUAGGAAGCAAGACAAUGAUGUGGUCAAGAAUGACCGGCUCAUUAGCCAAUGAAAAUGUAUAGAUGCAUCUGGUGUUAAUACAGCUAAAUUGUUACUGUUCAAAUUUAUGAAAUAAAUGCUGUCCUUCUAAAUCUA